AUGCCGGAGCCCGGGCCGGACGCCCCCGGCACCGCGAGCGCGCAGCCGCCGCCGCCUCCCCCGCCUCCCGCGGCCAAGGAGUCCCCAUUCUCCAUCAAGAACCUGCUCAACGGAGACCACCACCGGGCGCCCCCUAAGCCUCAGCCGCCCCCACGGACGCUCUUCGCUCCGGCCUCGGCCGCCGCUGCUGCCGCCGCUGCCGCCGCCGCCGCCGCGGCCAAGGGGGCCCUGGAGGGCGCCGCGGGCUUCGCGCUCUCGCAGGUGGGCGACCUGGCUUUUCCCCGCUUUGAGAUCCCGGCGCAGCGGUUUGCCCUGCCCGCGCACUACCUGGAGCGCUCCCCGGCCUGGUGGUACCCCUACACCCUGACCCCCGCCGGUGGCCACCUCCCGCGACCUGAAGCGUCGGAGAAAGCCCUCCUGCGAGACUCCUCCCCCGCCUCGGGCACCGACCGCGACUCCCCGGAGCCGCUGCUCAAGGCCGACCCCGACCCCAAGGAGCUGGACUCCCGGAGCCCGGACGAGAUCGUCCUGGAGGAGAGCGACUCGGAGGAAGGCAAGAAGGAGGGCGAGGCGGCGGCCGGGGCGGCCGGGGCGAGCGUGGGCGCGGGCGCGGCGGCGGCGCCCCCGGGCCCCGAGGACUGGAAGAAGGGCGCCGAGAGCCCCGAGAAGAAGCCCGCGUGCCGCAAGAAGAAGACGCGCACGGUCUUCUCGCGCAGCCAGGUCUUCCAGCUCGAGUCCACCUUCGACAUGAAGCGCUACCUGAGCAGCUCGGAGCGCGCCGGCCUGGCCGCAUCGCUGCACCUCACCGAGACGCAGGUCAAGAUCUGGUUCCAGAACCGGCGCAACAAGUGGAAGCGGCAGCUGGCGGCCGAGCUGGAGGCGGCCAACCUGAGCCACGCGGCGGCGCAGCGCAUCGUGCGCGUGCCCAUCCUCUACCACGAGAACUCGGCGGCCGAGGGCGCGGCGGCCGCGGCGGCGGGGGCGCCGGUGCCGGUCAGCCAGCCGCUGCUCACCUUCCCGCACCCGGUCUACUACUCGCACCCGGUGGUCUCGUCGGUGCCACUGCUCCGGCCCGUCUGAGGCCCGAGAGGGGAGGCGGAGGGAGCGCCCGGCCCCCUCCCCAGACCCCGGAGGAGACUGGGCCGGGCCCAGGGCGCCGAGACGUCCAGCGGCCUUCGGGAGCCGGCGCCGGCGCGGCUCGGCCUCCCCUCCCCCAAUCGGUAGCGUUUUGUAAGUAUUUGCAAUGCAUUUUCGUGCAAUUCACCCCACGUGGAUUUGAGGCGCUUCCCCUCUUCCUUUUGGUUUUUGGCUUCUAUUCAGAGAACAGGAAACAGGCCCCAUGCCUGUGUCAACAUAUUUCGGCUGGAAGCUUCGGGAAUAG